AUGCUUGUCCCUUCUCUCCUUUUUGUCCCAUUUGGUCUGGUAGCGGCCCAGCUCAUCGGCCCUGUAGGCCCAACCACUGCGCUCUCCAAAAAGACAGUCGAAUGUAAUAUCCUCAGCUAUGGUGCUGUUGCCGACAACACCACGGAUAUCUCGACCUCACUUGAAUUAGCAUUCAAUGAGUGUGUCCGACCUAACCUCGGCAGCAGACUCGUUGUCCCCGAGGGUCAAUACCUGAUCUCCCGCGGCGUCGUGCUCAGCAACGCGACCAAUUGGGCGUUUCAGCUGGAUGGCCUCAUCACGGCAGCGUAUGGGGGCAAUUGGACCAUUGAUCGUGCGUUAAUCCUUGAGGGUUUGGCCGGUGCAGAUGUGUUGAAUGCUACCAUUAAUGGGGAGGGUGACCAGAAGUUUUUGUUAGAUGUCUUGGUCAUUGUAAAUGCCGUCGACUUCGAGUUCUAUUCGUCCAACGGUCUCGGCGCCUUUCAGGGGCAAGGAUACCUUUACCGGAAUCUGAACAACACUAAUCGUCCCCGUCUCGUUCGUUUGAUCUCGCCAACAAACGCCUCCGUCCAUGACCUGAUCUUGGUCGACAGCCCAAAGUUCCACAUUGUGCUUGACUUUGCCGUCAAUGUAGAGGCAUACCAUCUUACCAUCCGGGGUGCCAAUCUCGGCAGUUAUGAUGGCAUCGAUGCGAUUGGCACAAACUAUCAUAUUCACGACAAUGAGGUCACCAACCGCGAUGAAUGCGUCUCCGUCAAGAGUCCCUCCCACCACGCGCUGAUCGAAAACCUGGUCUGUAACCAGGCCGGCUCGGGCAUCUCCAUCGGCAGCCUCAACGUCUCCGCCGAGAUAUCAAAUAUAGUGGCACAAAACAUUAGCAUCAUCCAGGGGAAUAACAUUGCCUUCAUCAAGACCUACCCCGGCGGCUCCGGCUACGUGACCAACGUCACCUUUUCCAACUUUCGGUCCAAAGCAAGUCUGUACGGUUUGGACAUCAACCAGUACUGGCAGAACACGUUCGAGCCAGAUACGGGAUCCGUCGUAUUGAGCAACCUCGUCUUCAGAAACUUUUCGGGCUCCGUGGCAAACGGCGUCCAACGCCCACCGCUCUACCUCAUCGCCAACGACCUCACGCACGCCACCAACGUUACCGUCGAGGACUUCACCGUUUGGACCGAGUCCGGCAGCAGCGUCGUCAACAAGAUCAGUAAUGUCUUUGGCCAUGGCGAUGACUCCUACGGUCCGAACAAUGGCCUCGUCUCGCUGGGCGCUGCGGAACAACCUCACACGUAUACGAGCACGUACACCAUUACCGCCUCGCCGACGGGAUGGGUCGCGCCAGAGUCUCCGACCUGGGCGGCGCCGAGUACAGGAUACGGAACUGCGUCGCCCAUUCCGGUUUAUACGCCUAAGCCGCUGUGGAGGCCUGGUGGGGUGGACUAUGAUCUGCAUUACUGGGGGAGCUUUUAG